GCUCUAUAUUCCUCUUUCGAGUUUUCUCUAUCUCUGAACAUACAAAGAGUACGGUAGAGGGCAAUGGAGGAGGAUCAUCGUACUCCGGAUUACGAAGAGCACCACCACGAUGUUCAAUCAGACGCUCCUAAUGUGGAAGUACAAGUCGAACAGUAUCAAUAUCAACAAGUAGUGAUUGAAACCGCAGAUGUUAGUGGAAACUACGAUCCAAACCAACAGCAGCAGCAGCAACAACAACAGCAGCAGCAGCCACCUCAAUAUCAGCCACAACCUCCGCCUCAACAACAACAGUUCUUCCAGCAGCAGCAGCAGCCGCGUCAACCACCUGUACAAUUUCCACCACAACAACCACCACAAGGACCGCGGCCGAUCCAAUACUUAGCUCCACAGCCGCCUCGGCCUGUGCCAUUCCCUCCUCAGAGCCCACAAAACCAAAACUACGCAAACCAGCCUCCUCCUCCACAACAGUUUCCACCACAAAACCCUCAGUUUCAACCUCAACAGCCGCCUUAUCAGCCACAGCCACCUCAACAGUUUCCACCACAGAAUGGGGCGUCUAACCAACAAAACCACCCUUUUGGACAACCACCUGCUUCUCCUGCAAAGUUUCCUCCGCAACCACCUUCUCCGGUGAAAUAUCCUCCACAAUCACCAUCUCCGGCACAAUAUCCACCUGCAGCAGGCUACAAUGACAUUCCCCAAGCUUCAAAGCAGCAGCAGGCGCCGCCACCGGUGCAAGUUGGUUAUAAUAAGCCUCAGCCACCCCAACAGUACCAGUACCAGCAGCAGCAAUACCAACCACAACAACCAAAGCAUAAUAAUUAUGCUGCUUCUCCUGCUCCGGCUCAAGGAGUUCCAAUGCCGGGCCCUUACGGUCCGCAGGGAACGCAAAUGACUAUGAAUAUGAUGAACCCCAUUGGCACUGAGGCUUGGAGAACUGGGCUCUUUGAUUGCAUGGAUGAUCCAAAUAAUGCUCUCAUAACGUUAUUCGUACCAUGCCUGACUUUCGGCCAGAUAGCAGAAGUUGUGGAUAAUGGCACUACCUCAUGUGGUACGAGUGCAUUGCUGUAUGGCUUGGUUGGAGCCUUCAUCGGAGUGCCAUUCAUAAUGUCAUGCACAUACCGCACCAAGAUACGAAGCAAGUAUGGAUUAGUUGAGACUCCUGCACCUGACUGGGUCACCCAUUUGUUUUGUGAGCCAUGUUCUCUUUGCCAAGAGUACAGAGAACUUAAUCUGAGAGGGCUAGACCCUUCAAUUGGAUGGCAAGGUAAUGUGGCAAGGGCCAUGCAGCAGCAACAACCUAAUAUGAUGGCUCCUCCGAUGAACCAAAUGAUGAGGUGAUCAAUUGGUUGACUGAUCGCGUGAUCCGUCAAGAUAUUGAUUAAUUUCAGCAAAUGUUCAUGCCUCAAUUAAGGCUAUUGCAAAGAUAUAUACUUUUUUCCUUUUUCAUGUGAUGUUUUCAGUUACUAAUAAUAAGAUGGAAGCCAUGUAUGAAAUUGUAGUGGUUCAUCCUUGUAAUGAUAUUCUGAACAGUUUGCCAUUUUCAUUUACUUGAAUAUUAUGAAGUGAAGCUUUUGUUU